AUGCUUCUGAAACAGCUGUUGGCUAUCGGUAGCGGCCUCUUAAUAGCCGCUGCACAAACAUUCAGCAACCCCGUCAUUUGGGAGGACCUACCAGACAACGAGGUCACUCGAGUUGAUAAUGCCUUUUACAUGACUGCCUCUUCUUUCCAUCUCUCCCCCGGUGCUCCCAUCUCGCGUUCCUAUGAUUUGGUCAACUGGGAGCCAAUCGGUCACUCUGUGCCAACACUGGACUUCGGGCCAAGUUACGAUAUGACGGAUUCCCAAACAGCCUAUGUAGCUGGGAUCUGGGCUUCUACCCUCCGCCACCGCGAUUUCGAUAAUAAAUGGUACUUUCUUGCCUGUGUCGGGUUUUCCAAAACCUACAUCUACGUUGCCGACGAGGCCGACGGCACUUGGACUCGCCAUAGUACCAUUGACCAGUGCUUCUACGACGCUGGCUUCCUCUUUGAAGGCGAGGCGGUUUACGUAGCUUACGGAAACACUAAAAUCAAUAUAGCCCAACUGUCUACUGAUUUGACAUCAGUGGUUGCCAACGAGCUCGUGUUUGAGACUCCAACGGACAUUGGCGCUCUUGAAGGUUCGAGGAUGUACCACCGCGAUGGCAACUACUACAUCUUCGUAACUCGGCCACCAAAUGCCCAAUAUACGCUGAAAUCCUCGUCCCCCUGGGGCCCCUUUGAGUAUCGCGUCUUGUGUGACAACAUCGCCUUGACUUCAGUCCCUGGCGGGGGUGCUCCCCAUCAGGGCAGUCUGGUAGAUACUCCCGAUGGUAAUUGGUACUACAUGGGUUUCACAGACAUAUAUCCUGGAGGUCGAGCGCCCGUCCUGGCUCCGAUCACUUGGGGUGAGGAUGGCUUUCCAACUCUCGUGACGACCGACGGCGAAUGGGGCGAUUAUCCAUAUCCGCUUCCAGAGGUCAAACAACCUGAUACUCUAGGUCUGUACGAGUUCCAAGGUUCCGUCCUGGGGCCUCAGUGGCAGUGGAACCACAACCCCAACUCCGGCAGCUUUACUGUGAAUAAUGGGCUAGAGUUGAGGACAGCCACUGUCACGCAGGACAUUUAUCUAGCUCGCAAUACACUGACCCAUCGGAUCAGGGGUCCUAUUGGUACAGGCACCAUCCAUCUAGACUUUACCGGGAUGGCUGACGGGGAUCGUGCGGGACUGUCUCUUUUCCGAGACGACUCCGCUAUGAUCGGAAUAGAGCGCGAGGGAGAUUCAUGGUCACUCGUAGCUCGGAGGUCCGUCAUGGAUGAAGGAAAGAAACAAGGGGAAAGUGUACAGGAAUUGGCCCGCGUCGACAAUAUUGCUUUCCGUGAGGUGUGGCUCCGAGUUAGCGCCGACGUGCAUCCAAACCGAAUGGGCCAGGGCCUCCUCAGCUUCAGCGCGGAUAACCUGAACUUCACCGAGUUGGCGAGAUUUGAUCUUCGGCGAACCUGGCCGUUCUUCCUGGGCUAUAGGUACGGCAUCUACAAUUACGCUACGAAGGGGUUGGGCGGAUUGGUUCGUGUUUCCUCCUUUCUCAAUGAAGUGGCCAAUCAGUAG